AUGGCCCCAGAUGUUCGGUACUACAGGGAACAACCAUCGCGGUCGCUCAAUCGCUUCACGUCUACCACAGACUCAACUCCCAGCCGCGAAAUCUUAUUGGGUGACAGUAUGGUGGCUAUAAAUAGAACGUACGACCAGAUACCUACCACCACCAACACCCCCACACAAUCCAAAACACGUGCGUCUCCCAAUCAGCAGAACAGUUCGGGAGGUGGGCUCGCUCACAGCAAAACAGGCAGUCAAGAAAAUCUGACCCACCCCAACCCCAACUCAGAAAGCGAUCUGAUUGGCUCUCACGCACAACGGCGAGCGUCGGCGUUGUCAUGGCAACGGAUGUCACUCGUACGACGCCGCAGCAACAGCAUUGGCGGGAAACGCGUGCUGAGAGAUAUGGCACCGUUGUUGCUUGAUCUGUGCAUGCCUCCGGUGCUGCGUGCGUCUGUGUUUGACCACGUGGUCUGCGAAGGGCGUGCGUGUGUGUGUGAUAGAGUGGAGGAGGGGGAGCCUGCAACACAGGGUAAGUAUCCGCACGGUGCACAUAUGGGCGUAUUCUGUGGGUCUGUGUUUGAUAAGUAG